AUGCCAGUCACACAACCGGACGAUACAGUUGAUGAAGAUGCUACCGAUUUGAAGUUUCCAAAAGAGUUCGAGCAAGCUGACACACUACUCACAUCUGAAGUAUACUUACUGCUGGAACAUCGUCGCCAACAGAGCGAACAGAAGGAAGAAAUUGAUGAGAUGAGCGAUGUGUUCGUGAAAACGUUGAAUUAUACGCGACGGAUGGCGCGUUUCAAAAACAGGGAAACAAUCAGAGCUGUUCGAACGUUGUUAGCGACAAAACCGCUGCAUAAAUUUGAAGUCGCACAAAUUGCAAAUCUGUGCCCAGAAACUUCAGAGGAAGCAAAAGCAUUGAUUCCGAGUUUGGAGAACAAAAUGGAAGACGACGAGUUGGAAGAAGUUUUGAAAGAUUUACAUAGCAAGAAGACUUUCCAAUGA